UGGUAUAGUCCAUAAGGCCAAGAUCGGAUCAUUAUGCUUGGGGUGUACAUAUGAAUGGAGGUGGACGGGUUUGCUCGGCAAACUAUGAUUCAACUUAUACGACUCGCCUUUAAAUACGAUAUUUAUCGUUUUCGGUUCUUUUAUUUUUACAACCCCGCCUAUCCCCUCUGCAUCACGGUUCUGCCAACGGCGUAUUUCGUUAUCCACAGCAAUCGACUUACCUAGCUUGACACAAUUUCUAUAAUCCGCUAGUCACCAUGGAAAAGUAUGCGACGUAUCCAAGCCUGCGCGGGAAAACUGUCCUGAUAACUGGUGGGGCCGAAGGUAUCGGUGCAGCAUCAGUUGAGCUUUUCUGUCGGCAAGGCUCUGUUGUUGUCUUUUUGGACUACUCGGACGAUUCAGCGAAGAAGCUGCUUGACAAAAUCAAGGGCAUCCCGGGAGCUACCCAGCCUACAUUCCUGCACUGCGAUGUGACCGACUUAGCUCGCCUCAAGGAGUGCGCGGAGAAAGUGCUUUCUGAUUAUGGCACAGUGGAUGUUCUUUUGAACAACGCCGCCCGUGCCGGCUCUCAAACAAGGGUCCCAACCGUCCAGGUAACCCCUGAGUCGUGGGACCACGAUUUCAACGUGAAUCUUCGUCACCAAUUCUUUCUAACGCAGGCGGUGGUGCCAGCGAUGCAGAAGAAGGGAGCUGGUAGUAUUAUCAAUAUGGGAUCGAUCACGUGGCGCAUUCCAGCCGUCGGGCUUCCCCUCUACACCAUGUGCAAAGCAGCGGUCGUCGGGAUGACGAGAACGCACAGCAAGGAGUUCGGACAGUAUGGUAUCAGGGUGAACAGUGUUGUUCCGGGCGCCAUUGCGACACAGAGACAGAUCGAUGAGGUCUUGACGGAUGAGUAUCGCGCCGAAGUGAUGACUGCGCAAAGCUUGAAGAGGGAUCUGAUGCCUAACGAGGUAGCGAGAUUGAUAUUAUUUCUUGCUGCGGAUGAUUCAAGUGCCAUCACUGGGAGUAGCUACGUGAUUGAUGGAGGAUGGGUUAGCGAUGUUUAGGGAAAUGGACUGAUGGACGGUGCGUCGAUACCGAAGCGUUUAUUUAAUACAUCACUUAUAUUAGCAAAAAUGUGAUACCUACCUCUACCUAGGUACCUACAAUACAAGCCGCAGUGUCGUUAUUUAUCACUCCUAUAUUCUCUCAAGUACAAAUUGC